ACUUUAUUGUAAGUGUAGUGAGUGAAUUAAAUUAAAGUAUAAAUAUAACAAGAAAAGCUCUUGCCAAAUUAUUCGUUAUGACCUAACCUUAUCAACAUUCGUUCAGUGCUAGGCCAAAAGUACAGUUACUUUUUCUAUAAAUAGCCAAUAAAUUACAAUAUGGAUAUUUUGGAAAAGGUCUACCGAAAUUGUCGACAACAUCUAUUAAAUCUACCAGCAGCAGUACCAAAAAGUAUAGAUUUUUUAAAUAAAUCUGUUAAUAAUAUAAAACUACCACCUUUCACAAGGGACAAUGUACUUUAUUAUUACAUACCAAUGCAAGGGCUUGCUAGUUACACAACCCUAUCAGUUAGUGUGAUGAACCCUCAUUUAAUGGUCAGGCUCUUCCCGCAAAGAGACAUCACAGAUGUAUUGUUUCUUAGUGCUGGAACUGGGGCAGGUUUAUGGCUUUGGGCGAGACCACACAUGGCUGCAGCUGUUCCUGCACGUCGAUUUUCUUGGGCGUUUUUAGGUGGUUGUCUCUGGCCUUUAGGUUCUAUAUUUUUAUGGGCGAUCCUAAGGAGUUCAGUAGGACAAAGGCCAGUCAUUGGCACAAUAAUUGGUGUAACGACUGGAGCUAUGCUUACAAAUAUAGCUUUAGAUUAUUUCCAUUACAUAGAACUUAUGUUUUGUGGAGAAUUACAUUUACCUGAAGAAACCUAUACCCCGAAUAGUGAUGAUGAAAGAUACGAUAUUGAUAUUUAAAUGUUCAUGGCAGCCUAUGAAAUGUUUUGAGUCAUUUUAAUCUUUGUAAUUUUAGCACAUUUGCAGUAAAACUCCUAAAAUUGUUUUGACCCUGUAAGUCUUGCUAAAUAUGUAUAAAAUUUAGAUAAGUUUAUUCCAGCACUGAUCGCUUUAAAUAAAUUAUUUUAAUUGAAAA